UGGCAACAUUGGCAUUGUCAACUUGUCAACUUGGCAUUUUUUGUUGACAAACUUUUGAAAAACAAAGUGGUGUUGAAGAUUUCGAAUGUGAGCGAAGCUGUUGAAGUUGAAGCUGUGUACAUUGAAGUAAAAUUGUGUAAAAAUGAGCAUUUUUGCAGAAAUUAUUGAUACAUAGCAUUUUAUCUGUAACUGAAUUCGGUUAGAUUGUCACGGCUAUGUGAUAUAAACUAGUUUCAUUGUUUUAUUAUCUUUGCCGACUUCGGAGCUCGCGAGAGCGAAAGUAUGUUGCACUGAUAGCGAAUUUCAAAUUGCACACAAUGCUUACAUCACACAGACUCCUACAUGCAUACAUAGCACUAUUGAUCCUUGACAAUGGUUGGUUAUUGGACAAUGGACUGGCGAAACUACCACCAAUGGGAUGGAUGUCAUGGGGGUGGUAUAUGUGUGCGGAUAAUUGUACACAUAAUCCUAAUAAGUGUUUAGAUGAAAAACUGAUCCUAUCAGUUGCCGACGCAUUUUACACCGAAGGUUACCAAGAAGCAGGGUAUGAGUACAUUAUAAUCGACGAUUGUUGGUCAGAAAGGACACGGGACGAAUUUGGAAGUCUUGUACCAGAUCGUAAACGGUUUCCUCGGGGUAUGAAGUACAUUGCAGAUUAUAUCCACAAAAGAGGUCUAAAGUUCGGCAUGUAUACGAACAUUGCAUACGACACGUGUAUGAGGUAUCCUGGUUCCAGGGGUUAUUUCGAAAAGGACGCAAAACUAUUCGCCUCGUGGGACGUCGAUUAUCUCAAAGUAGACGGGUGUUUCGUUGCAGAAUCCUAUCUUGAUCAUGCAUACAUCGAUCUGGGGAAAGCUUUGAAUGAAACCGGACGGCCUAUGGUGUAUUCGUGCAGUUGGCCUUAUUAUAAGCUAUUUAUUCAUAAACACGCGGCUAACUACUCGGCAGUGCUACCGUACUGCAAUCUGUGGCGAAACUACCAUGACAUAAUGCCCGCAUUCGGCAACAUAUAUUACACACUCAAAUUUUACGAAAAGAAUUAUGAAAAUUUGUACAAGUUCCACGGACCAGGGCAUUGGAACGACCCUGAUAUGUUAAUGUUAGGUACACAUAGCCUUACGCCGGGCAUGAGUCGCAUACAGGUGGCAGUGUACGCCAUGUUGUCAGCGCCAUGGAUCAUCUCCUGCGACAUGAACAUGGUGACGCCUUUUGACAAAUCUCUGUUACUUAAUAUGAACCUUAUCGCCGUCGCACAAGAUCCACUUGGGAUCAUGGCCAAACCUUACCAGGUUUCACGAUUAACAUUGUGGGUGAAACCCCAUAUGCCGAUGAAAGGAGACAAGUAUCAUUCUUUCUCUUUUACUUUCGUAAACUUCGAAGAUAAAUUCCAAUAUGUCACUUUACCAUUAUCAAAAUACGGGAUAAGUACGAAUGAAAGUUACCAUGUUUUGGAUGUGUUUGCGGGCAAGUUCGUAUUAAAUGUCACAAGAAAAGAUUCUAUAGAAGUGGAUGUACCACCUGUGGAUGCAGUAAUGUACACACUAUACCCGUUGUAACUUAUAUAUAUAAUA